AUGCAUGCCCAGAGGCAGUUAGCUGUAGCCACAGUGAGAGCAGAAAUCAGACGACAUGAGGUGGCCAAGCAGGCUCUAAGCCGCCUCAGGAAGUUGGCAGAACGAGUGAGUGACCCUGAUCUCCGGGAAAGCAUCCAGGCCUCACUGGACAGCAUACGAGCCGCCGCCUCCGUGCAGCCCCCCGGGCCGGCGCCUCCAAUCACUCUGGAGCCUCCAGCUCCGGGUCUGAAACGGGGCCGGGAGGGGGGCCGAGCAUCCACCCGAGACCGCAAGAUGCUCAAGUUUAUCAGCGGUAUCUUCACCAAGAGCACAGGGGGACCUUCUGGCUCCGGGCCCCCUUCCGGACCCCCAGGCCUGUCUUCUGGCAGCGGGUCCAGGGAGCUGCUAGGCGCAGAGCUCCGAGCCUCCCCUAAGGCUGUGGUCAAUAGCCAGGAAUGGACUUUGAGCCGCUCCAUUCCUGAACUACGCCUGGGUGUUCUGGGUGAUACCAGGAGUGGGAAGUCAUCACUCAUCCACCGGUUCCUGACUGGCUCUUACCAGGUGCUGGAGAAGACUGAGAGUGAGCAGUAUAAGAAAGAGAUGUUGGUGGAUGGGCAGACUCAUCUGGUGCUGAUCCGAGAGGAAGCUGGGGCCCCUGAUGCCAAGUUCUCAGGCUGGGCAGACGCUGUGAUCUUCGUCUUCAGCCUGGAGGAUGAGAACAGUUUCCAGGCUGUGAGCCGUCUUCAUGGACAGCUGAGCUCCCUUCGGGGGGAAGGGCGAGGAGGCCUGGCCCUGGCACUGGUGGGGACACAAGACAGAAUCAGUGCUUCCUCCCCUCGGGUGGUGGGUGAUGCUCGUGCCAGGGCUCUGUGCGCAGACAUGAAACGCUGCAGCUACUAUGAGACUUGUGCCACCUACGGGCUCAAUGUGGAUCGGGUCUUCCAGGAGGUGGCCCAGAAGGUGGUGACCUUACGCAAACAGCAACAGCUUCUGGCUGCCUGCAAGUCCCUGCCCAGCUCUCCAAGCCACUCAGCUGCUUCUACCCCCGUAGCUGGGCAGGCUAGUAAUGGGGGCCACACUAGCGACUACUCUUCUUCCCUUCCAUCCUCCCCCAACGUUGGUCACCGGGAGCUCCGAGCUGAGGCAGCUGCAGUGGCUGGAUUGAGCACACCAGGGUCCCUGCACCGGGCAGCCAAACGCAGGACCAGCCUCUUUGCGAAUCGUCGGGGUAGUGACUCUGAGAAGCGAAGCUUGGACAGUCGGGGAGAGACGACAGGGAGUGGGCGAGCCAUCCCUAUCAAACAGAGCUUCCUACUAAAGCGAAGUGGCAAUUCCUUGAACAAAGAAUGGAAGAAGAAAUACGUGACCCUAUCCAGUAAUGGCUUCCUACUAUACCAUCCCAGCAUUAAUGAUUACAUCCAUAGUACCCAUGGCAAGGAGAUGGACUUGCUACGAACAACAGUCAAAGUCCCAGGCAAGCGGCCCCCAAGAGCCAUCUCUGCCUUUGGCCCUUCAGCCAGCAUCAAUGGGCUGGUCAAGGACAUGAGCACUGUCCAGAUGGGCGAAGGCCCUGAAGCCACUAUUCCCACACCAAGCCCCAGCCCCAGCCCCAGUUCCUUGCAGCCACCACCAGACCAGGCAUCGAAGCACCUGCUGAAGCCAGACAGGAAUUUGGCCCGAGCCCUCAGCACUGACUGUACCCCAUCUGGAGACCUGAGCCCCCUGAGUCGGGAACCUCCUCCUUCUCCCAUGGUGAAGAAGCAGAGGAGAAAAAAACUGACAACACCAUCUAAGACUGAAGGUGCAGCUGUGCAGGCUGAAGCCAAGCGCAAAAUGUGGAAACUAAAAUCCUUUGGUAGUUUAAGAAAUAUUUAUAAAGCAGAGGAAAACUUUGAGUUCCUGAUCGUAUCCAGCACUGGUCAGACAUGGCACUUUGAGGCAGCCAGCUUCGAGGAGCGGGAUGCCUGGGUCCAGGCCAUCGAGAGUCAGAUCCUAGCUAGUCUGCAGUGCUGUGAGAGCAGCAAGGUCAAGUUGCGGACAGACAGCCAGAGUGAAGCCGUGGCCAUCCAGGCGAUCCGGAACGCCAAGGGAAACUCUAUCUGUGUGGACUGCGGGGCCCCCAACCCAACGUGGGCCAGCUUGAAUCUCGGCGCCCUCAUCUGCAUUGAGUGUUCUGGCAUCCACCGUAAUCUGGGCACACACCUGUCCCGCGUUCGCUCACUCGACUUGGACGACUGGCCGCGGGAGCUGACCCUGGUGCUGACAGCCAUUGGUAACGACACGGCCAACCAUGUGUGGGAGAGCGACACUCGGGGCCGCCCCAAGCCCACGAAGGACUCUUCGAGGGAGGAGCGGGAAUCGUGGAUUCGUGCCAAGUACGAGCAGCUGCUAUUCCUGGCGCCUCUGGGCACUACAGAGGAGCCCUUGGGUCUCCAGCUGUGGGCCGCCGUGCAGGCCCAGGACGUGGCCGCCGUGCUCCUGCUCCUGGCCCACGCGCGACACGGGCCGCUCGACACCAGCGGGGAGGACCCGCAACUCCGAUCCCCUCUCCACCUGGCGGCGGAGCUGGCCCACGUGGUCAUCACUCAGCUACUGUUGUGGUACGGAGCGGACGUGACGGCCCGCGAUGCCCAGGGCCGCACGGCGCUGUUCUACGCGCGCCAGGCUGGAAGCCAGCUGUUACCUUCUCACAGCCUGGGACUGGGCACCCAGCACAGCAGCUUGACCCAGGGUGAGGUUAAUGCAGAGGUGCAGGUACAGCGACAGAUGAAAGUGUAUGAGCUGGACAAAAUGCUCCAAGUAUGA